AUGGUAAGUCUUCGACAACGAGCCUCUCUUCCUCAUCACAAGGCGCGCAAAGAGGGUGCCUGGGGCUAUGAUCUCUUCCAGAGUGAUACCGACUUGGACACAGUUGACAUGCUCAACGAUUCUGCCGAUCUGAACAAAGUCGAGGAAAAGAUCGUUGCCGACCGCGCCAGAUACUCUUUCCCGUCUGAGGAGAAAGAGGAGUCCAGCGACAAGGAAUUUGAUGCAGAUGACAUUGAAGACGAUGACAUCUACAUGACUCUAUACAACCCUUCUCACCCCGACUUGGUUCAGCAGCACCUUGACAGUGGUGUCCUUACACACAUGAUCAACAACCUUCGUGAUAAGGGACAAGGAAACGCGCUUUGCCUGCUCAUCGCCUGUGCCAUGCAACUCGGCUGCACCAUUCCCGACUGGUGUCGCCAGGAGCUCAUCUUGAUCUACCAGAAGUGUCGUCUUCCACCUGAGGGUGCAAUUCGCUUUGGUAAAGCCCUUCAUGAAUAUCGCAACGGCAUUCCAUACCCUUUCAACUCCAAGGGCCUUCACCUCACCGUCAGCACCGGAAAUCCUUCCUACAAGGAGUCCGAGAUCACCUGGAUGAGGCUCGAAGACGUUCCCGCAGGCGAAGAGAUUACCCAGGAGAACACCACCAUUGAGCGCGUCUAUGGUGACUUCAACCAGCCUGUUGAUGUUUGCGGCAACUGUGGCGCCAGAAACUGCGAUGAUGGAAGUCCUUUGAAGCGCUGCGCAGGCUGCAAGGAAAGACUUUACUGCUCCAAGACCUGUCAGAAGGCCCACACCCCCAAACACUCAUGUCUCUGCCCAGGUUUCAGAAAGGCCCGUGAAGAGCAGCCCGCUGAUGCAUGCGGUAACUGUGGUGCGAAGCAGGCAAAAGAUGGGUCUGCUUUGAAGCGUUGUGCGCGCUGCAGAAACAGAGCUUACUGUUCUGUCGAGUGUCAGAAGGAGCACUACCCUGCUCAUGCUGUGAAGUGCAAGGCAGAAGCUGAAGAGGCCAAGGAAAACCAGAAUGAUCGUCGUGUCAAGGGUCUGAACGUUCUUCAGACUUGGUAA